GGCUCUCUUCCGAGUGUGCAGAGAGAGAGAGAGAGAACCCGAGGGAAGGAAGGGGUUAACUUCCUGCUCCUUGGGCUGAGUCAAUCAAGCCUUUGUAGCCACGCCUCUCCAUUGGGUCAGACUUCUCCAUUUUCCCACUCAAGUCUUCAGCUCAGCAGACGCAUUUUCUCCCACUCCCAUCUUUCCAAUUCCAGAAGGAGAUUAAGAAGAAGGGAAAAAAAUCCCCCCGAUUCUACAGGAGAAGCAAAGCUGAGGGGGUCCCUCUGAACUUCCCGCAGGCCUGCGGACGGGGACUGGAGUCACAGGCCUGGGAGCCUCCAGGGAAGACUCCUUUUUUUGCGGCCAUCCAAGCAUCUCCAAUCCAGAGCCAUCCGCCUCUCCGAAGGACCCAAACCCCGGGACAAUGGAGCCUUCCGAGGCAGGAGACAACCAGGAGGAAACCGUGAGUGGGGAAGGACCGAAUCCACCAGCCCCGAAGCCCCGGGGGCCCAAGAAACGCUCCGUCACCCCCAAAACGGUGAAAACAAGGGCGGCCGCCAGAAUCAGAGCGCAGGCCCUUCUCGCCUCCAAAAAGGCCCUUAAAGCCAAGGAGGAGGAGAAGGAGGAGGAAGACCAAAAGGCCUUAGGGGGAGAAGAAAGGGAAAUGGAGCAAAGCAGGCAAGAGAUCCCCCUGGUGGACGAACCUAAACAUUCCCAGGCUUCUCAGCCCCACCAGCCGUUACAACCUCUAAAAAAGGAGGUUCGUCCGAUGGCUGGCCCGAUGCGGUCACCAAAUGGCGCCAGGGAGCAGCUUUCUCACCCGCAGCUUCCAAUGCUAGAACAGGAUGAGUUUUCGGCCCUUCCUUCGGUUUCGACGCAAGGUCUUUGGGAGGAGCCGGCUCCUAAGAGGGCAAAGACUACCCCAGAGGCUACCUUCACUCCUACAGUGGCGGGACUUCGCCCAAAGGAGACGGAGGAUCCAGAAAUUACCCCAGAAAUCAAAUUAAUCAUCUCCAAGGCCAUUGCUCAGGGCAUCGCCGCAGGCAUGCAACGAAACCAGCAGGCAGCCUCUGGAAACGCUCCGCAGAAGGGCCAGCCUCCUGCACCCAAUCAUCCCAGGGACGUAGCUGCUCCUCCCAGGGCCCUUUCCCCUGCCCCUUCCAUGUUCAGCCAAGAAUCCCUCUCGGAUGAUGAGGAACCUCAAGGGUCGAUGCUGUCUGGGGACAAAGGAGGGACUAUGGAUAGCCUCGGCUACACAGGACUCUUCCGUCCUGCCUUGUUUAAGACGCUUCUCCACAGAGCCAAGGCCACGGCUCAGAUAGGAGGGGAUCCAUCCGCAUCAGAUCCGGCCUCGGGCUUAUCUGACCCCAAUAGUCUGGUGUUCUCAGAGCGCACCACAGAUAACGAGGAGAUCCCCACCCCGAAACUGUUCCGGGAUGCCGUCUACCGACAAUGGGCCCAACCGGGGGCGUAUCCAGGCCCGAGCGUGAACGACAAGCGGUUCUACAACGUGGCCCCGAACCUUGCGGCGGCCUUAGAGAUGCCGACCAUCGACGAGCCCGUGGCGGCCUUAGUCUCCGUCAACAUAAUAACCAAUGACCUGGACGAAGCUUUGACUCCAGAAGACAGGAGAACUGAGGUGAAUCUCCGCAAAGCCUAUAAUGCGUCUGCUUGGGCGGUUAAGGCGGCUACGGCGGCUUCCUUCUUCAACAGAACUUCCUUGCUCUGGCUCAAAGAGAUGCAAGCCAAAAUCCCCGCCACCGACGUCCAAGCUCACAAGGACCUCAACAACCUGAUCAUGGCGGCAGAAUUCUCUGCCGAUGCCACGCUGAACGCGGCCAGAUUCGCUUCCAGGUCCCUCGCCUCUUCCGUGACGGCCCGACGGCUGCUGUGGCUCCGUUACUGGCAGGCAACCGUGAGGUCUAAGUGGAAGUUGGCUUCAGCCCCCUUCAAAGGGGAGAACCUAUUCGGAGAGAUCUUAGAGCCCGUGCUCAUAGAGACCCACGACAACAAGAAAGUCCUACGCUCCGUCCCCAGACGCCCCAAUCAGCGGUCUCAGAAUCCUCCCUUCAGAGCAGCCAACACCGCAAACAACUUCUCACAACCACAGCGAUCCUACUACCAGCAUCAAAAUCGCCAAUCCAAUAGGCCCGGCAACAGAGGGCAGCAGAACAGGCAGCAGUUCCAGUCCAAAGGGCAAUUCGGAGGCGGCGGAAAUCAUCCCUACAAUCGCUCUUCCAGAUAACUGCAAAUCCAACCCUCCCAUUGGUGGCCGGCUAAGCCACUCUUUGCGGCUCAAUGGGAGGAAACAACCACAGAUUGUCCGCUUAGGCUGCACCCCCGCCCCCCACCGGUCCCAUUUUGGGCCUAGCAGGCCUUUCUGCAGCCUCCUGGGACCAAAAACGGGCCGUGGGAAGGCGCUGCUCUCCCCCCCCGGCCCCAUUUUGGCCCUAGCAGGCAUCCCUGCAGCCUCCUGGGACCAAAAAUCGGGCCGCGGUGGAGGCCCACUGCCCCGUGCGCUGCCCUAGCCUGCACGGGCAACCCCUUUGCAUGCACCCGUGUCUCCCACAUGCUCCCUGCUCCCCCGCAUCCUGAAAAUCAGCUGGCCGGUGGGAGGUGCAUGUCUCUCUUGAUCCCCUCCCAGUAUCGGUGGCCCAAAUUCUGGGCUUCCUACAGGCCGGGCCAGACAAUGCGUAUCGCCCAAUACGAUACGCAGACAAGUGGCCGCCUUGUUGUCCGUGUUACCUUGCGGGGAGCUGGAGUCCCUCGCACGGCACCCUAUUUUGCGCAGCUUCCUCAGAGGACGACUGACUUAAAGCCUCCGACAGCGCACCAGUAUCCCACCUGGGAACUACCUACCAGCAAUGACUUUCUUCUCCCACAGUCUUUCAAGAUACUUCACCAUUACCGACCUUUAUCAGGCUUGGCGAGUGGCCAGGCCGAUAUCUUUCAGACGCCACAAUGCUUGGCAAGAAUGCAGGAAUGAACUAAUUGUCUCCUGCAAACUCCCCCCCCUCCCCUUUCGCUCCUCUUUUAUUCCCUCUGGGAGGAGCCAUUCACCGUCCACCUGUGGCUUUACUCCUGAGUCGCCCCUUCUUCUUUAGCUGUUCCCUUCGUCUGGAAACUCUGCACAUGCGCACACUGGGAACAGGCUCCAGCUGUUUGCCUGCCUCACUGAUGUCUGACUCCAAAGGCGUGGGCCACACGAGCCUCCAUUGAUAUGCCAAGCAGCGACGUGGUCCUCUCCUUCGCUGUUUAUACGGUAUUAUAAGAUGGAUGCCUUCGCUCCCACUGAAGCGGCCUUCAGCAGACAAGACCUCCAGAAGGUGUACGCAGACGCGGGGGAUCCGGACCAGACCGCUGCCCAUCCUUAGGAGGCUCCGGCUUUGGAAUUGACGACGUGGAAUCCGAGUGCGGGUUAGACCGAGGCAUCCCCUACGAUUGGGUGGUCACCAACGACAGAGACCAGCUGUCCUUGGAUGCCCAGCUGGAGAAGCUGCGCCAGUUUAUCCAGACCAA